AUGGCUGCCAACGACUUACGAGGCUGGGUGAUGAGCGCCGUCUCGGGCGUGGCCUGCGUCCUCGGGUCGGCCGUCAUUUGCGCAGACAUUGUCUUGCGCCGCGUCACCCAUGACAAGAAGUUUCAGAUUGCCAACAGCAAUAACUUCCUGUCAGCGUCGCUGUGUUUGAGUGCUGGUGUAAUGCUCUUUACGUCCUUGUACAGCAUGCUGCCAAACUCGAAAGACUACCUGAUCCGUGCCGGUUUCUCUCCUUCCGUCUCCGCAUAUAUCCUGACGGCUCUAUUUAUCGCCGGUGUGGUGAUAAUUCGUGUCGCAUCUGGCUUUCUCCACCGCUUCAUCCCAUCGCAUGUAGUCGACUGCGCACAUACUCAUGACGGCCCGGAAGAAGAUCCCGAGCGCGGCGAACAAAUGCAAGACUGCGAUGGCCGACCCGAUACUAGACAUACCAAUGGUAGUACAGAGCGUACGCCUCUCUUACGGCCGACCGGUAUACAAUCGUCCAAGUCUACUCCGCAAGUCCUACAGCGGACGGACCUCUCCUCGAGUCCUCGGCGGCGAGAAUCUCUGCGAGCAACCAUUUCUCGGCGCAUCAGCUCUCUCAUGGGCGGUGUCAAACCUCUUUGCGAUGAGAAUGGCCCCUGUUACGGCUUUUCACAGACCUGCGGACGUGAAUGCACCAAAGUCCUUGGCCCAAGUAUUUCUCCGCCACCGACCAUGAGCGCAGAUGAAGUCAUUCGACCGGAGCUACCGCCACAGCCCCAAAGCAUUGAGGUGCAGCUGGGGCCGGAUGCCUUGGAUGAGCAGGAACCAAGUAUAGACUCCGUAGAGACAGCCGCAGGCACAGGGUAUUUCGGAACGAUCUUGUCGGAAGAAGUCAAUAACUCGACUUCGGCAUCUUCCUCUUCAUCACGUACUCAAAAAGUGCGUUCUGAGCAUACAAAUCACUCCGCUAUGAUAAACCACGACCAUCACCAUCACGACCACCAUCACAAUGCAGACCACUCGUCUCGAGGUCCCGCCUCAUCAAAACCAGGAGAUCCCACUCACCACCACCAUGUACCCCAAAACGCCUUCCUCUCCAUCGGCCUACAAACAUCCCUCGCAAUCGCCUUGCACAAACUCCCAGAAGGCUUCAUCACCUACGCCACCAACCACGCCAGCCCCACCCUCGGUCUAACCGUCUUCCUAGCCCUCUUCAUCCACAACAUCGUCGAGGGUUUCGCCAUGGCACUACCACUCUACCUCGCCCUCAACUCCCGCUGGAAAGCCAUGUUCUGGUCUAGCCUCCUAGGCGGAAUCAGUCAACCCGCCGGCGCUGGCAUCGCGGCCCUCUGGAUCUGGGGCUCCGGACACACGGGCAACGAUUCAACGGGUCCGUCGUGGGGUGUCUAUGGAGGGAUGUUUGCUAUGACUGCCGGCGUAAUGACAUCCGUUGCGUUGCAGCUUUUCAGUGAGGGACUGGGUCUGACCCAUCACCGUAGUAUGGGUAUUGGGUUCGCUGUUGCUGGUAUGGGAUUGAUGGGGUUCAGUUUUGCCUUGACGGCUUGA